GACUUAGCGACUUAACGACUUACACUUAGCCAGCCACUCGUUCACACUCUGCGCGGCCGCAAGUGCAGUACAACAAAAGCAAGCGCUCGGCGGACUAAAAUUAAGUUGAUAUAAAACCAAAAACCACAAAAGCGCCAGCGCCAAUCAGUUGUCGUAUUAAACGCGAGCACAUUGUCGUUGUUUACCGCAAGCAACGGACUAACGAAACAAAAAUUAACCCAACGCUAAUCAGACACAGAGUGUGCUAGUACCUCCCCCUCCCGAAAAGAGAAAGAAAAAAGGAUUCAUUAGCCAUGGCUCGUGGUAAUUGUGCGCACACCGCCACGCAGGUGGCAACGCUCGGUUUAGUGGUUGCCUGCCUGUUGCACGCUUCGUCGGCGCAAUUGUCCUACCACACGGAUGCCAAUUCGAAUUCAUUCACCCUGAAGACACCGGCGCUGCAGCAGAGCUUCUCGCGCGUGUUUGGUGGCCAACAGCAGCAGCAACAACAACGUCAGCAGGCAUCGCCUGUUGCCCAACAGCUACAGCAAUUCGCCCAGCCAUUGUCACAGCCACAGCUGCAACAACAGCAACAGUAUGUGCAACCACAACAACAACAAUUUGCGCAACCGCAACAACAGCAAUACGCGCAGCCCCAGCAAUAUUCCCCAGCACAGUACUCCCAGGCGGCUGAGGCCCAAUCGCCCUACCAACAACAAGCGCUGCAAUAUGCCCAGCAAUCCUAUCCCUACGCUCAGCAGUACGCCACACAGGCCACGCCCACCUACGCCGGUCAACAGGUCGCACAGAAUCAUUACGCCCAGACGCUGCAACAAAUCCAACAGCAACAACAACUGCAAGAGCAACUGUUGCAGGCACAGCAAUAUUCGACGGCGUCGCCAAAGACCGCGCAGCCGCAGCAAGUCGAUCAGUUGCAGGCUGCCUAUCUUGCCUACCAACAACAACAGCAGCAGCAGCAAUUGCAGCAGCAACAACAAUUACAACAGCAGCAGCAAGAACAGCAACAGCAGUAUGUGAGCCAACAGGAUUACCAACAGCAGCUGCUGCGUCAGCUCUACAAUGAACACCGGCCCACCGCAGCCGCCUUCAGAGCGGGCGCCAGCCAUCAAACCAGCCCGAUCUACACGAGCACCGACUAUGCCAACUACAUGCAGCGCCAACAGCAAUUGGCUGAACGUCAAUACGCCACCGCGCCCACCGCCGCCACUUAUGCCGCCAAUAACGGGCUGAGCACCUCGCCCAUUCCACCGACUGUGGGUAGCGGCAGCGUUACCAGCACCACCGAGAAGCUCUUGGGCGUGCAGUACUCGCCAUCGGACAAAGUGUCGCACGUCAAGUUCUCCAGCGGUAAUCUGCAGUACAACUUCUAAGUGCGCCUGCGCCUCGUGGUCUGAGUUGUAAAGAUAGCUAGAUGAGAUGAGAUGAAAUGGCGGCUUUUCGGCAAAUAUGUUCCUCGAAAUUUUUGGUUUUUAGUGGAAAAUUAAAUCUCAGCAAGCGCACGAAGGCUACAGUGUAGUUCAAGUGCUCUUGGUACACUUGCGAGCUAAGAAAUAUAUGAAAUUGAGUGCCUUUUCGAAUCAAAUAAUUUGUAUUUAUAGCAACAGUCAUCUAAAUUUAAGUUCUCUUCUUUAUUUAAUUUAUGCAGGUAGUGAAAUUUCUUUCAAAUUGUUCGAUUAGAUACACACUGACUGUUGUACAAAAUCCUCUAAUAAAAAAAACAUAUGAAUAUGU